AUGCCCCUAAGGCUCUCAGAUGAGUGGCAAGGCGCGCUUUGCUGCGCGCUAAUCGGGACUCACCCCGCGUCCUCCAGUUGGCAUACUCCUUCGGCCAUAACCGUUUCGGGGGAAACGGAGAGUGACGAGGAGUCCCCCUGGCCUCAGGCACAACUCGAGCACACUCUGUUCGACGCAUGGAUACAUUCGACAGAGGCGCAAGAUAUUCCACGGGAGAUAGCACAAGUGUUGCAUGAGUACCGAGCGGUAUUUCCCGAUAACUUACCUAAGGGAUUACCGCCGAAACGCCCUCAUGAUCACCAUAUUCUACUUGUGCCUGGAAAACUUCCGGCGAAAUCUGCAAUAUACCGUAUGACCCCAGAUCAGCUCACAUUCCACAAACAGGAGAUAGCAAAGUUGUCGGACAAUGGUUGGAUCGGAACGACCUACUCGCCUAUUUGCUCGCCUACAAUCAUGGUGGACAAGCACGAUGAUGGCUCCGGGGAGCGCAAAAUGCGUAUGGUUGUAAACUAUCAGGCCCUAAAUGCCCUUACGACAGCCCCUGAAUUUCCCUUACCUCCCAUCCAAACCAUUCUCGAGAUGCUGGGAGGCGCCCAGUACUUUUCCACCCUAGACCUAGAAGCAGGCUUCCAUCAAAUACGCAUGGCUAAGGAAGACCGGUGGAAGACAGCUUUCCGGUCAGUUCUUGGACUAUUUGAGUACAGAGUGAUGCCCUUCGGCCUUAAGGGUGCUCCUGCUACGUUCCAGGCCAAUAUUAAUGCCUACCUGCAACCGUUACUGGGACAAGGCGUUAUUGCGUAUCUAGAUGAUGUCCUCAUCUAUAGCCCUGAUCUCUCGGGGCACGUUUCUCUCUUGCGACAAGUUCUCAGCAUUUUUCUUCAACAUCAGUUCUACCCAAAAUUCCGCAAAUGCAAGUUUGCAAGGCAAACGAUUACGUAUUUGGGUUAUACCAUUUCCGCUGCGGGGAUUAAACCAGCAGAAGAUAAAAUUGCAGCCAUCCGGCAGUGGCCUGAGGUGCUGGAGAACGAAACGCAG